CCAACUUUCGCCCUCUCACCCUUUUUCUGUUCCUUUUUCUUGUACUGUUAUACCCCCUCUCCGCUCUUCUUUACCUUUCACGACUCGCGAAUUUGUGAGCAGACACCCGCCGUGCGCGAUUUUGCACGCUAGUCCGUAAUCUCACACUUCAGCCCGUGCGAGCGGAAUAGCCACCUUUCUAUCGAUAAAGACCCUCCUCGAAAAUUCCUAACCCCUCGCGCACACCUCGAGGAAUCACUCCCGUCUUCAGAGGCUUCCCAUCCGUGGGAUAUGCCACAUUCCGAAUCGCCUCCCAUGGCUCCCGCGAUCUUCGUCAACAAAGCCGGUGACACCCCCGCGCCCUCGCAAGAAGACGUCGCCGCGUUCCUAAAGAGCAUCUUGACGGCCAAGACGUCGCACGCCUCCGUAGAAGCCGCAUACGGUCUCUGCACCGUCCUACAGAACUCGGUCGGCUUCCGCGGGCUCAAGGGAUAUGGCAUUCUCGAGGAGAUCAGGAAGGCAGCGGGAGAUAAGAAGAACCCGGUGAGGAGAGAAGGGGCUAUGAACGCGCUUGGUGCGUUGUUCGAACGGUUCCCGCGCGCACAGAAGCUAGCAGAGAUGGUAUUCUUACUACAAGAGGAGGUCCUGGUGCCGCUCGCGCUCGAUGCGCUUUCUGAUAAAACCUCGACUGUAAAGGAGUCCGCACAGUAUGCACUGGAUGCGCUUUUCGACAAUCUAGGCGCCGAAGCGAGAGUGUUUGGGCUGCUUCCGGUGCUUGUAAAGUACCUAGGGAAGAAGUCCGGAAAGUGGCAAGGCGCCGUGGGCGCUUUUGAGCUGAUGGGCCGUAUGGCGGACAAGGCGAAGAUGGGCAUGGAGAGCCUCGAGGUGGAGAAGGAGAAGGAUGUUGUCCGUGAAGCCAUGGGAAAGAAGCUCGAAGGGCUGAUUCCAGUGGUGGAGAGCGGCAUGCAUGACCUAAAGUCGGAGGUGACGAAACAAGCGCUGAAGACCAUGAACAGCCUCACUACCCUCCUACAGAACGACGACAUCGCGCCCCGGAUACCUCUCCUCGUCAAAACGAUCGAUGAUCCCUCAACACAGAGCCAGCAGAAGGCCAUCCUUGCGCUCUCACAAACUACUUUUGUCACUAUUGUCACUUCUCCGGUUCUUGCUAUGGUCACUCCCCUACUCGAGCGCUCCCUGAACACACCGAGUACCUCCCAAGAAGUCCUCCGGCAGACGGUUGUGGUAAUCGAGAACCUGACAAAGCUAGUCCACGACCCGGUCGAGGCACGCGCUUUCCUGCCCAAGCUGAAGCCCGGUGUCAAGAACGUCAAAGAUCGCGCAUCGCUGCCUGAAGUCCGUGAGAUCGCUUCCAGGGCGUUGGAUGUUAUUGAAAAAGCCAUGGCCGACAAGGAUGGUAACAUUGACAGCGGAGCGAUAACUCGUACACAUCCGGCGGAUGUUUUGAAAGUUCUUGAAAAACAGGUCAACAUCGCCGGUAACCUGCAGAACUUUCCCGGCGAUGCAGAGGUGUGGACCCUUGCGAAGAACUACGUUUCCGAGAUGGUUGCCGAGGUUGUCAAUCAGCGAGAGCUGAAGCGUAUCCCGCAGCUCAUCGCUCCUUAUCUCGCGCCGCUGAUGAACCCUGGCGAUGCUGAGAAGGUCGCAGAAGGUGUACACAACUUCUACAUCGAAGAGGAUCACCGCAGGUUCGGCCAGCCGAUCAAGGAGGAUGACGGAGAGGUCGAGAUUGUGAAUGCGACGUUCUCGUUGGGUUACGGUGGCAUGCUGCUGCUUUCGCACACCAAUCUCCGGCUGCUGAAGGGCCAUCGAUACGGUCUCUGCGGCCGUAAUGGUGCUGGUAAAUCCACCCUAAUGCGAAGCAUUGCAGAGGGUAAGCUCGAGGGCUUUCCACCACAGGAUGAGGUCAAGACUUGCUUCGUGGAACACAAUCAGGGCGAAGACGCCGAUCUGAGCAUCCUCGAAUUUAUCUCCAACGACCCUCGUUUCAAGGGCGAGAGCAGGGAGCGAAUCUCCGAAGUCCUGGAAGAGGUUGGGUUUACUGCAGGCCCGGAUGGAAGGCAGUCGCACAUGGUUGGGUCGUUGUCCGGAGGUUGGAAGAUGAAGCUUGCCCUGGCCCGAGCCAUGCUUAUGCGCGCCGAUGUCCUCCUUCUGGACGAACCUACUAACCACUUGGAUGUUGCGAACAUCGCAUGGCUUCAGGAGUACCUCAAGAAGCACACCGAGAUCACGAGCUUGAUCGUCUCUCACGACUCAGGAUUCCUGGACGAAAUCUGUACAGACAUCUACCACUACGAGCAGAAGAAGUUGGUGCUCUAUCAUGGAAAUCUCGCCGCCUUCGUCAAGGUCAAGCCUGAGGCGAAGAGCUACUAUACCCUCUCAGCGACCCAGGUCCAGUUCAAGUUUCCACCCCCCGGUAUUCUCACUAGCGUGAAGUCGAACACGCGAUCGAUUCUCCGUAUGACCAACUGCACAUACACUUAUCCCGGUUCUUCCAAACCCUCGCUCUACGACGUCUCCUGCAGCUUGUCCCUGUCAUCACGCGUUGCCAUUAUCGGUGCCAACGGUGCCGGUAAAUCUACGCUCAUCAAGAUUCUCACCGGCGAAUUGAUUCCCCAGCAAGGCAAGGUCGAGAAGCACCCCAACUUGCGUAUUGGUUACAUCAAACAGCACGCUCUUGAGCACGUCGAGAUGCACAUGGAGAAGACGCCCAAUCAGUAUCUUCAAUGGCGCUACGCUAACGGCGAUGACCGCGAGGUGCUCAUGAAGCAGACUCGUAUUCUGACCGAGGAAGACAAGAUUCAGAUGGAGAAGCCUAUCGACUUGGGCGACGGUAAAGGGCCACGUAAGAUUGAGGCACUUAUUGGUCGCCAGAAAUACAAGAAGAGCUUCCAAUACGAAGUCAAGUGGCUCCACAUGCUGCCCAAGUUCAACACGAUGAUCUCUCGGGAGACUUUGCUCGAAAGGGGUUUCCAAAAGCUGGUCCAAGAAUUUGACGACCACGAAUCCUCUCGUGAGGGUCUUGGUUACCGUGUGCUCGAGCCGAAGGUGAUCUCCAAGCACUUCGAGGACCUUGGCAUGGAUCCGGAAAUCGCAAAUCACAAUCAGAUCGCCGGUCUUUCAGGUGGUCAGAAGGUCAAGGUCGUGUUGGCCGGUGCUAUGUGGAACAACCCCCACUUGCUCGUCCUGGACGAACCCACCAAUUUCUUGGACCGCGACUCCCUCGGCGGACUUGCCGUAGCUAUUCGCGACUAUAAGGGUGGUGUGAUAAUGAUCUCCCACAAUGAAGAAUUUGUCGGUGCUCUAUGCCCAGAACAGUGGCACGUUGCAGAUGGCCGCGUCGCCCACAAGGGACAUUUGGCCGUUGCUUUGGACCGCUUCGAUGAUUCACGACCUGGCUCGAGUGUUGCCAGCUCGAACGUCAGCUCGGCCAACCCCAGCACCACCGGUACGCCCGUGAUGAGUGAGGCGGAAGGAUCCAAGGACGACAUGAAGUUCAGGGCGAGGAAGAAAAAGAAGAUGACUCGCGCUCAACUGAAGGAGCGCGAGGUGAGGAGGAGGUUGAGGCAUAUUGAAUGGUUGAACAGCCCCAAGGGAACCCCAAGGCCACCAGAUACGGAUGACGAGGCCGAAUAAACGGCCCACAUCUAGACUAAUGUUCGAGCACUGCAUGAUAUCUUAGACUUGCAUUGGGCGGCGUUUAUAGACGGGUUGUGGUAGGUAGUUCUUGAGUUCACUAUAGAAAGGAGGCACGUAGCGUGGUUUGAAAAGCAUUUCUGGUUUCCAUAUACAAAAGCAUCCUAGCCUUCUCUUCUUUUCGCCAUAACUGUUAUUAUGCAUCGGCUCUAGCCCACGACGUUUCUCUCCGUUGGGAUUUGUUCACCGUUUUCACUCCCAGUUUAAUUACAGCCCGCUACUCAUUGCUGCCUGACUCCGCGCAUGAUAUCGACGUCAACGGCGAUACCAUUGUCCGAACAAUCGAACGAGAGGUAUACAAAUAGAUCGUUUGCCC